AGGAGUAAAUUGAAAAGAAAAAAGGGGAAAACUUGGACCUUACGACAAUUUGGUGAAUAAAUUGCCCAUCCUUGCUGAGCCAAGCCACAACAGUAAAUAAGCUACCAGUAUAUUUCUACGUUUAUUUCCUCUCUGCGUUGUUUCUUCUUCCUUUGGAUCCAAUCGAAAGAGAUGGGUAUAAUAAGGACCGCCUUCUCUGUCAUGGCGGGGACGCUUUUUGGUGUCUACCUUGCUCAGAAUUAUAAUGUUCCUAACAUCGGAAAGCUCGCAAAUACCGGCUUUGUUAUAGCCAAGCACGUUGAAGAAAACUACCGCAAACCCAGAGCUAGCACCAGGAUAGAUGACGACGACGGCGGCGUUUCUAAAUAAGAACAUGUUAUAAGACCAAUAGGUAGGGAAAGGGGAACUGUAAUUCUUGUUUGAAGAUUUCUGGGUUUAUUGAUUCUUUGUCGAAUGUAAUUUUUACCCUUCACUGGGUUAUUGGAGUAGAACAGUUAGAUUGUCUUUUUCUGUUAUCUGAGGCUUCAUCUUUUGUUGUUACUUAACAUUUCAA